UCCAACAUGAAAUCGAUGGAUGUUCUCUCUUUAGCUCUCCAAAGUUUAGGGUUUUCACUUCAAGAUGAUGACUUAUUUUGACUCUGAUUUCUCCCUCGUCAGCCCUACGUCGAUCCUAGAAGCUAACCCAUCAAUCUUCUCCUCCAAAUACCCUAAACCCGUUUCCUAUUUCGAGCCCAGUAUCUCUAAUCCCCAACGUUUUCACACACCAGACGUCUUUGGCCUCGCCGAUCUCGUCAUAUACGGAGACAGUAACAGAGACCACUCGAGAAACCUGUCAACGUACAAGAUGGUCCUUUUCGGGUCGAAGCUCAGAGUCCAGAUCCCAUCAGAUGAUUUUGGAACUAAAACCGGUAUGAGAUAUUCUAUCCUGGGUGUGUUCAAUCUGAUUGUGGGUGAAGUGGGAGAGCUAUUAGAGAUAUUCCAAUGGAAAGGAGAAGUGGCAAGAGGAUGUCCAGAUUGGAAAGAAGAAGAGAAAGUGCAUCUUGGAAAAAAAUAGGUAAAUGUUAAGAAAAUCAAAUGUUAGACGCAUGUUAGGCGUAUACAAUGUUUGACGUUUAUAUUUUGUGUGGAGUCCACUGUCACUAUGCAUACACAGUAACUUACUUUUCUUACGCCUAUAUAAACGAUUGAAAUCGAUCAUUUGAAAAGAUAAGAAAAUCUCAUAUCAAUAAGAGAAUUCUCUCUCUCCUC